ACGUUGCUUGAUGGCAGCGGACUCGGGGAAUGUACCUUGGCUGAAGUUUUGUGUUACACAUUUCGUACCACGGCUGACUGUGUAAUGGCGACCGCCGGACACUCCUCUGCGGGGAAGUAAUUUGAAACAGGACGGAAUAAAACAGCCUGUGUGCAAAUCAAAGCCUCAUCAUCUCGACCUCAACACCCAUCUGCAGCUGCUGUGAUCUGAAGCAGUGGAGCGCCUCACUGAUUUGUUUUCCUCUUCCUGCCAUCAUGUCGUAGCUCAAGUCGUGCUGCUCCCCUCGCUGGCCAUCCUGUCUCUUGGAUCUCUUUGCAUUUUUUUUUAUUUAUCCUUCCUUUCACCCUCUCCUCACCUCAUGUGGUGAUUUGUAACUGAAGCACCGGUAGCGCCUCUUCUGGCGCCAUGAGCAGCCUGCAGCAUGGCAGCACAGGCUCAGAACGAGACCUGCACUCUGCUGCGUCCACCGUUAGCCUCCCCUCGGUCAGAAAGAAUCCCAAAAAGCGCCGUCUGUCCCUCCACUCGUUCUUCGGACGCAGACUCCGACCCGAACACGACUCCAAGCGGAAGUCCAGGACUCUGUCUUCUGGAGCGGACGGCUUCGUCAUCAUCGAAAGCGUGCAGCCUGAGGCCAGCGUCGACAAAGUCUCCUCCCAGCCUCCGUCGGAUGUGGCGUCCACGUCGGCUGGGACGGGAUCUUCGUCGGACCUGCUGGAAUGCCCGCUGUGCCUGCUUCGCCACACCCGGGAUCGCUUCCCAGACAUCAUGACCUGCCACCACCGCUCCUGCGCAGACUGCCUGCGCCAGUACCUGCGCAUUGAGAUCUCCGAGUCCCGCGUCAACAUCACCUGCCCCGAGUGCUCGGAGCGCUUCAAUCCCCACGACAUCCAGAUGAUCCUGGGAGACCGAGCCCUCAUGGAGAAAUACGAGGAGUUCAUGCUGAGGCGGUGGCUGGUGGCCGAGCCAGACUGUCGCUGGUGUCCCGCUCCUGACUGCGGGUAUGCCGUCAUUGCUUUCGGCUGUGCCAGCUGUCCAAAGAUCACCUGCGGCCGUGACGGCUGCAGCACAGAGUUCUGCUACCACUGCAAACAGCUGUGGCAUCCCAACCAGACAUGCGACACGGCGCGGCAGCAGCGGGCCCAGAGCCUGCGGCUCAGGAACUUCAGGUCGUCGUCCCUCAGCUACAGCCAGGAGAGCGGAGCAGCUGGUGAUGACAUCAAGCCGUGCCCUCGCUGCUCUGCUUAUAUCAUCAAGAUGAACGAUGGGAGCUGCAACCACAUGACCUGCGCCGUCUGCGGCUGCGAGUUCUGCUGGCUCUGCAUGAAGGAGAUUUCUGACCUUCACUACUUGAGUCCGUCGGGUUGCACAUUCUGGGGGAAGAAGCCGUGGAGCAGGAAGAAGAAAAUCCUCUGGCAGCUUGGGACGUUGGUGGGAGCGCCGGUGGGAAUCGCUCUGAUUGCCGGCAUCGCUAUCCCAGCCAUGAUCAUUGGGAUCCCAGUCUAUGUGGGCAGAAGGAUACAUAAUCGCUACGAAGGAAAGGACAUCUCGAAACACAAGAGGAACUUGGUGAUCGCUGGAGGCGUGACGCUGUCGGUCAUUGUGUCUCCUGUGGUUGCUGCAGUCACUGUUGGUAUCGGCGUUCCCAUCAUGCUUGCGUACGUCUACGGCGUCGUCCCGAUUUCUCUGUGUCGGAGCGGAGGCUGUGGCGUUUCCGCCGGUAACGGGAAAGGGGUUCGAAUCGAGUUCGAUGACGAAAAUGACAACAUCGGCACUGGGGCAGUGGCCAUAGACACGACGUCUGUGGCGGAAACUCGGCUUAACAACCCGAGCCUCGGCGACGGCGCGAGCGUCGGCGGCCUGACCGGCCUGAGCCUCAGCGUCAGCGGGAGCCACAUGGAGCGCUGCGGCGUGAGCUCCGCUCAGAGGGACAACAUGAGCGACAACGCCAGCACCACGGCGCUCGCCGGGACCAGCAUCACGGGCAGCCUGUCCAGCAGCUGCUACAACAGGAUGGAAGUGCAGGCCGACGUCCAGAAGGAGCGCUGCAGCUUGAGCGGCGAGUCGGCCACCGUCAGUCUGGGGACGAUGAGCGACAACGCCAGCACCAAGGCCAUGGCGGGCUCCAUCCUCAACGCCUAUAUGCCGCUGGAAAGAGACGGAAGCCUGGAGGCUCCUGCGGACUCCGAGUCCAAUCAGGACAAGGUGAGGCACGGCAGCGCCAGCAGCAGCAUGGAUGAAGCCAGCUGCAGCAGCAGCUCAGCCGCCAACAAAGCGGCCGGCGCCGAUGGAUGCGUGUGCUCGUGUCCCUCCGCAUGCAGCUGCGGGCAGCCCGGCAACCAGUGUGGCCUCUCAGCCUCUUGGUCCAAGGACCCCACCGCCGUUACCACAGGCAAAAAGUGCAAAAGUAAGCUCUGGAGGAGAGCGAGCAGCGGCGGCGGCAGCAGAGGAGACAGAAGGGUGAACGAGACGCAGGGCGACAUCGACGCUCAGCUCCUGGAGCAGCGGAGCGCCAACUCCUCCGAGCUCGAUUCGCCGUCUCUGAGCGGCAGCCUCCCCUCGGUGGCCGACUCGCACUGCAGCCAUUUCUCGUCCGAGCUCAGCUGCUCGGACGCCGAAACCGCUAAACCUGUCCAGACGGACCCUCCGCCCCACCAGCCCACCAUCACACCUCUACCCGAGGUGGAGUACGACCGCCUGGAGCAGCUGCCCCCUCAGAGCAGCCACGCCGCCCUCGCCCACCGCCUGCUGGCCUCAUCCCCACCCGCCUCACCGAAAGACAGGAGCAGCGCGACGUUCCUGUACAUCAGCGAGGAGAGCGCCGGAGAAAACGCGGAACCGGAGGAGUUCGUUAAAGAAACCAGCAGAAACUCUGCCGUGCAGCCGGUGAGCCCCACCAGGAAGCGCUGCAUACAGACAGACAUCUGAAGAUGCUUCCCCGUCCUCACGCUGGGCAACCGCCACAAACUCUGUUAGCUUUAUCACCAAAUUUUGGAGAAAUCAGGGUUACGGAUGCAAAGUGAAGCUGUUUAGUAACAGAAGGUGAAAAGGAAGGAGGCUGGAAGUGUAGAAGAUGGCCUGGACUUCUGGUUUUCAGAAGUUUCAGCCAGUUUUCAGAGCAGUGUGCUUGUUUGCAAGUAGAUUUGAAUGUACAUGAACAUGUUUGAAGCAGGUUUUGAGCUUCGUGAGAUUCUGCAGAUCUGUGACGAUCGGCACAGAAAGGACAGUUCCUUCAUAUCAGAAUGAUUUCCUAGAACCAGUGUGUAGGGAUGUCCCGAUCAGGAGAUUGUCCCCUUUUUAACAUCCAGGAUAUCCUUUUUUUUUUUUUUUUUUUAAGUUCGAAACCUGUUGUUAUUUUAGCACAAAGUUGCAUUUGUCAUCUCCUUGGUCAGGCUGAUGAUGUUUUGGUUUAUUUACUUUGCUAUGAUAUUUCUAAUUGGAGAUUGUUUAGCUAAUAACAUUUAAAUAAGUUUCCACUUCAGUCGUUUGCAAACAGACUUGCUGGAACGGUUCAUGAAAAAUGUAGCCAUUUGUUUUUAUCGCUGUAACAUUUAGUGAGUUUAGUUUAAUGUUUCAGCUGCUUUCUGAGCCACUUUUUGUCCACAAGUUGGCCUAUUGAACACAGAGUGGAAAAUAUGACAAACAGGAGAGUAAAGGGUAAAAAAAAAAAAAAAAAACAUUUAGAUUGUUGGUGUUAGAUAAUCAAAAUCCAGUGCAUGGGAAUGUAGGAAUAAAAAUAAAAUGACCUUGGAAACGGACAUAAUCCCUGACCAACGACGGAUAUCAGGUAUUGAUUUUAAUCAUUUGACAAAGCCUCGAUCGGGACAUCCCUAGCUUUCCUGAUGCUGGUUGGAGUAAGUAAUCAAAGCUGCUAUCCUGAAACCUAAUUUUUCCUUUUCGUUGGCUUGUUUUUGGUAAUCAAAGAAUGAUCCGGUGUCUCCAGUUUACUCUUGGAUUCCCUCAGGAUUGUUAAAGAGACUCUCGAGUUUAACGGUGGGACCAGAUGAUACAGUAGCCUCCUAUACUUUCCAGAAUCAUCAGACAUUAGAAAAAUUAUGUAUUUGCUUUUGUUUAAGUUGCGACUCAUGUUUCUGUUUUACAUAUUUGCUUAUUUUUAUGUUGAGCUUUGGGGAAAAAUUGGUCUUUGAUCCGAAUUUGUUGGUAUAACCGAAUGAUUUUUGUCACAAAUCCAGAUUUUUUUGUUUAGAUAUUCUGGAUUGAAGCCAGCCGCCUUCAUGCUUUUUUCCCCUUCAUGGUUUCCUAUCUGCACUGGUGAACAGGACAGCUGUGUCUCUGCUGAUUUACCAGAUUUCACUACAUGUUCAAAGUACAGUUGAAGCAUAAACACGUUAAUUUAAUGCAGUUACUUAAAUCAUAUAUUCUACACAGAACAGAGCCCUAUUUUUUACACACGUGUAGCAUUUCUUACAAAUUACAGGGCUUGUAAUAAAAUGACUUUGAUUCAACCAAACUAUGUUUGCAAUAAUGAAAUAAGCUUUUUUUAGACAACUAAACCGUCUGAGCUGCAGUUUACUCUGUGGAAACGCCUGAACUUUAUUUGAACUCAUGUUGUGCAUUGAGAACUUGCUUCUGUAUCCAAGCACAUUUAUCCUAAUAUUCGAUAUUCUGCAGUGACUGUACAGUAUUGGUGAUAAAUUGUUUUUAAAAAAAAGUUAAAUCCAAAUGAAACUUUCUGAAUAUGUACUGAGUGUACUUUACCAGCAGGCAUUUUUUUUCUUAUGUUUUUAAUUUUCUUUUUCAGAAAUGACCGAUGCAAGUAAUUUUAUAUUUGUCAGCACCCCACAGUGCCUUGGGAAAUGUUCCUGUGUCUAUAGUGUUUUUGUUUUAUUUCUUCCUGUCUUCAUGUGAGAAAUAUAUAAAUAUUGUUGGAUGAUUUUCUGCCUAUUAUUAAAAUGGACAAAAUCUUAAGGAUGAACCUCACACAAGCUGUUUUGGCUGACCAAAUGUUUUGUCCAUAUUAACCCCGAUUAUACCAAAUUAUUUGAUUGGUUUGAGGUUCCCCUGAAGCCAUCAAAGUUUAUGUAAAAAAAUAUAAUGACCACCAUGUUGGCACUAAAAUGCAUUUUCUCCAAAGUGACACUAAAGCUACAUCUCGAGUUUUGCAGCCUGACCUCUUCUAGGCGAAAUCAACCAGCUGCUUUAUGAGCUGCUUUAAAUAGUUGGAAUAGGAAUUUCUUUAUUUUAGAUGAACCUCUGAGUUUAUUUUCCUUUUAAUUCCUCUUCCUGUUUGAGUUCUGGUGUCAUUAUUUGUUGUCCAAUUUUGUUGAAAAGAGGCCUAUGCUAUUUGGAAACUUCUGUAUUUUGACUCCUUGCAUCUGAAUGUGCAUGUUGAUGCAUAUCCUUCAAUAAAAAUAAAAAAAAUCUCGAUCAAGCAUUUUAUCGAGGAGACGUU